AUGCACCCUAGCGACCAGGAGAAGACGUCUUUCAUGACCUCACGAGGCAUAUACUGUUAUAAAGUAAUGCCAUUUGGAUUGAAGAACGCUGGAUCGACCUACCAGAGGCUCGUCAAUAUGAUGUUCGCUGAUCAAAUUGGUUAUACUAUGGAGGUGUACAUUGACGACAUGCUUGUGAAGUCGUUGGUGGCAGAGGAUCAUAUCAUGCACUUGCAACAAGCCUUUGCUACCUUGCGAAAGUACAACAUGAAGCUAAAUCCUACGAAGUGUUCAUUCGGUGUAAGCUCUGGGAAGUUCCUUGGUUAUAUUGUCACUCACCGAGGGAUCGAAGCGAACCCAGACCAGAUAAGAGCGAUACAAGUUAUCCCUUCGCCGAAAAAUGUGAAAGAGGUACAGAAACUAACCGGAAGAAUGGCUGCUUUGAGCAGAUUCAUCUCAAGACUGUCCGACAGAUCUCAUACCUUCUUUGCUGCUCUGAGAAAACCGAAGGACUUCAUGUGGGAUGAUAAGUGCGAGAAAGCAUUGAAGGAACUGAAGAACUACCUAACAUCACCCCCUCUUUUAUCUAAACCAAAAGAUGGAGAAGUGCUGUUAUUGUACCUGGCAGUGUCGGACCACGCCGUCAGUGCUGUUCUGGUUCGAGAAGAGGAAAAUAAACAGUACCCUGUUUACUACGUCAGCAAGUCGCUCCUAGACGCAGAAACGAGGUACAGUCAAUUGGAGAAAUUGGCCUUAGCGUUGAUAACAGCAGCGAGGAAGCUACGUCCCUACUUCCAAGCUCAUCCUAUUGUGCUUGUCAGCUCAGCUCCCAUAAAGGCGGUUUUACAUAAACCAGAAGUAUCAGGAAGAUUAGCAAAGUGGGCAGUUGAACUUGGCGAAUACGACGUCAUAUACCGACCGACUAUCGCCAUCAAAUCACAGGUGCUUGCGGAUUUUGUGGCGGAAUUCACCCCCAAUUUGAUUCCUGAAGUGGAGGAAGAGGUGAAAACCUUACAAGAAGGAUCUCACAAGGGAAUUUGGAAGCUGUAUGUCGAUGGGUCCAGCAACAUACGAGGUACAUGCCUUGGGAUGGUUAUAACUUCUCCGACAGGGGAACUUGCAUCAAGAGCAGUUAGGUGCAACUUUCGAGCCACUAACAAUGAAGCGGAGUAUGAGGCAUUGAUAGCAGGACUGACGCUGGCUCAUGAUCUUGGAGCUAGAAAUCUAGAAGUGUACAGCGACUCACAACUCAUAGUUAACCAGAUGCAAGGAGAUUACCAAGCACGAGAUUCGAAGAUGACGCGGUAUAUGAACGUAGCAAAGACGAUUGUGGAAAAAUUCGACGAUUGCAAACUCGCACAGAUUCCAAGAGAGGAAAAUUGUCAUGCGGAUGCUCUUGCCAAUCUUGGAUCAGCCCUUAAAACUGAAGUUUCGACUAGCAUUCCACUAUUAAUCUUGCAGUGGCCGGCCACAGACAAGGAUUUACCAAAUCUAGAAGUUGCAUCAGCGGAUGUCGCUCCGAAUUGGAUGACACCUAUCAUCAACUACCUAAGAGACGACCUACUACCAUCUAAUCGUAGGGAAUGCAGGAAAAUAAAACAACAGGCAGCACGCUUCUGCCUAUAUGAAGAUAAGUUGUACCGCAGGUCGUUCUCUAGUCCUUACUUAAGGUGCAUUACUCCAGAAGAAGCAAGGCAAGUUCUAAUGGAGUUGCAUCAUGGAGAAUGUGGAUCUCACUCAGGUGGACGAAGUCUAGUAUUAAGAGCGGUGAGAGCCGGAUACUAUUGGCCGACGAUGUCGAAUGACGCGACAAGAUUCGCUCGUCAAUGUGACAAGUGUCAGAGACAUGCUCAAGUGUCGAAACUACCUCCAGAGAAUUUGAAAAGCAUAAGUUCGUCAUGGCCAUUCAUGAAAUGGGGCAUGGACAUAGUGGGAAAACUACCAACAGCGCCAGCACAAAAGGUGUUUCUCUUGGUAAUGACUGAUUACUUUUCUAAGUGGGUGGAAGCAGAGGCAUUUAGUCAAGUCACAGAUAAAGAAGUCAGAGGUUUCAUAUGGAGGAACAUCAUAUGCAAAUUUGGAGUUCCUCAAGAGAUUGUCACUGACAAUGGCCCUCAAUUUACGAGCAACAACUUCAAAAACUACUGUAUCACGUGGGGAAUAAAGCUUAGCUUCGCGACACCCAGGCACCCACAAUCCAACGGACAAGCUGAAUCUUCAAACAAAACCAUUAUACAGAUGUUGAAGAAACGGCUUGAAAGCGCAAAAGGCAAGUGGGUAGAAGAGCUCCCUGGCGUGUUGUGGGCUUAUCGAACGACAUCCAAAAUAGCAACUGGGGAAACACCUUAUUCUCUAGUGUACGGGAUGGAAGCGGUAGUGCCAUCUGAAGUCACUGUGAAAACGAUACGAACAGAGCAUCUACAAUACCAAGAAAACGAGGAGCUGAUGAAGCUCGACCUCGACCUACUCGAUGAGAAAAGGGAAACUGCAAGGAUUCAAAACUGGUGCUACCAACAGGACAUCGCAAGACGAUACAACAAAAACGUGCGAACUAGGACUUUCCAAGUUGGCGAAUGGGUACUCAGGCGCGUCUUUCAAAACACGAUGGAACGUGGUGCUGGAAAACUGGGGCCGACUUGGGAAGGUCCCUACAAGAUAACAGAAGUGCGAGGAUCAGGUGCAUACAAGCUACAAGAUAAGGAUGGGAAGAAUCAACCUAACAGCUGGAAUGCUUUGCACCUCAAAACCUACCAAUUCUAG